AUGAAGAGGAGCGUCGCUCCACACCUUGCCGACGAAAAGCUGUAUUCGGCUUACGGAGGCAUCUUACGGAUUGCCGCCGCGGUCCAGAGCUACGGUAAAGGUCUGGCUCGACGCAAUCUGUUGGAGGAUGAGGAGCAAGUCUUUUCCAGGUGGCACCCAUGGAGGACACUCGCCGACACGUACAUAUAUGUCGACCCAGAUUGGACUCCAAUGAUGUACAUCAUGAUGGUCUCGUUUGCCGCUUUCGUCAUAUGCCUGUCGCAGAUCUGUUACAGUCUCGUGUUCGGAAAGGUGAGAGGGUGUCGUUGUGUAAGCGACGAUGACCACAUGUAUCCGGACCCGGGAUGUGAACAGAGAUCGUAUGCAACGAUGAAGAGACCUUAUGCAACGAUGAAGAGACCGUAUGCAACGAUGAAAUCCACCUAUCCCGCUGCUUUGCCAGCACACCACAGCUCCAUACUGUACAGCGAUCGCGCCCGUACGAAGCGAACCCGUAUCGGUGCGAAAACCUGCUCGCUGCGCUCAAUGCAAACGCAAAGGGUUUAUGAUCUCCACGAGAACACUGAGAAAUUGAUGGCGGUUAUAAUGAGCGAUAACCAGGAAACUAGCGAUGCGGAAUCCGAUCGAUCGAAACGGCUCGAGGGCCAAGUGACCGGAAGGAACGCCGCCGCGGCAUCCGCCAGGGACGCUAGUCCGCCGGAGAUCGAGACGUCGAUAUCCGAAUUAAAAAUAGACAAGAGUCCGAACGUGAGACGAUCACAAAUGUACUCCACUAGCACCAACUCGCAUUCGGCGAUAACCUAUUGCAACGAGCACCGAGACACGGGCUCCGCUUGGUCUGCCACCACCACAUCGGAGCAGUCAAUCACUUCAGGCAGUUUCAAAUCGCGCUGUAGGAAAACGAAGAAUUCGCGUGACCUCGCGUGGGCACGUCGCAUCGCCUCCAAAGCGUCGCAAGCGAAGUCCGCGACUUCCGGUACGGAGAUGGACGUAAACUCCUUCAUCACGCCCCCUUCGAAGCAUCUUUCACGU